ACUUCCCACCCAGGUCCCCCCCACCUGCUCCCCUAUCUUCUUACCUCUCUCUCUCUCUCUCACACACACACACACACACACACAGAGCUUGAGUGGAAGAAAGACAAGAGUCAAUCUGAAACCAAGAACCCCACAAACUGCAAGUCCUAGUUAGGUCCAGACCUGCAAGAAUUUAAAGGAUUUUCUCUCUCUUCCUCUCUCUCUCUCUCUCUCUCCCAAGAACAACAAAGAGGAGAGAUGGAGAUGGGGUUGAUGAAUCAUCAGCGGAAGAAAAAGGUGACAAAAAAGUAUCUGUUUUGAACCCACCAAGAAAAUUCUUGACAGUGAAAAAAACCCCACACACACAUGGAGCUUACAGAUUUGCACAGCAAUAAACAAAGCGCCACCAACACCUCCUCUUCACAACCCCACCUCACACAACCACAUGGCCGAUCAGCCCCAUUUAUGGGCUCCAUCUCCAUCCAACCUGGCCUAACAAGCGGCUGCGGCGGUGGUGGUGGUGGUGCAAGUGGGUCAUCUUUAUCACCUUCUACACCAUCUACUGGUGCUGCGACCUCCUCCACCACUCCACCGCCGCCGCGGCUUAUAGAGGCGUCACUCGCCAUCGCCACCAGAUCCGAAGCCCUCACCGAUCCUUCCAAAAAAACCCAGCAACAAUCUCAACAACAACAGCUCACAACCACCACAAAUGCACCCAAAAGAUCAACCAAAGACCGCCACACCAAAGUCGACGGCCGUGGCCGGCGUAUCCGAAUGCCGGCGACUUGCGCCGCCAGGGUCUUCCAAUUGACACGAGAAUUAGGGCAUAAGUCCGACGGCGAGACAAUUGAGUGGCUGUUACAGCAGGCGGAGCCAGCCAUCAUCGCCGCCACCGGUACGGGCACCAUCCCGGCAAAUUUAUCCAGUCUCAACGUGUCACUUCGGAGCAGUGGAUCGACUCUAUCAGCUCCACCGUCUAAGGCGGCUCCGCAUUCAUUUCCCGGCGGUUUAGCUCUUGCCCACCACCCGUAUGAAGAAGGGUUCUCUCACAUGUUAGGGUUUCACCACCACCACCAGCAACAGCACCACCCCCACCAAAGCCCUCAUCUUUUGACGGCUGAUCAGAUUGCUGAAGCAAUACCUAGCGGUGGCGAUGGUGGUGGUGGUGGUGGUCAUGAUACCGAGAAUUAUCUGAGGAAAAGGUUCAGAGAAGAUUUGUUCAAAGAAGAAGGUCACCGGCCACCACCACAAGGAGACAUGUCAGCUGAUUCUACUUCACCUUCCAACAAGCAAUUCAAGAGUGUUAUGCAAUUGCCAAAACAGCAAGAAGCUGGACCUUCCUCAAAUAUGCUACGGCAUACUAAUAUGAUGCCAGCCACCGCCAUGUGGGCAAUGGCACCAGCGCCGAGCGGUGGCACAACGGGCAACACAUUCUGGAUGCUGCCUGUCAGUGCUGGUGCCGGUGGCAGCGGCCAGUCAGUAUUGGCUGCUGCCACAGGCACAUCUGGGACUGGUCCAUCCGAGACCCAAAUGUGGCCUUUUCCUGCUCCCGCCACUGGGAACACACUUCAAGCGCCAUUGCAUUUGAUGCCUAGGUUUAACAUUCCAGGGAAUCUUGAUUUUCAAAGUACACGAGCAAGUCCAUUGCAAUUGGGUUCGAUGUUGAUGCAACAACAUCAUCAACAGCCGUCUCAAAAUUUGGGUUUAGGAAUGUCUGAGACCAAUCUGGGCAUGUUAGCAGCUCUCAACGCUUAUUCUAGAGGUGGUUUGAAUAUGAAUUCUGAUCAGCAAAAUCACCCAAUGGAUCAUCAUCAGCAACAGCACCAGUCUCAAGCUACAGAUAGUGGAGAUGAUGACCCAAAUAGCUCACAAUGACAGUUCAUAAUCCAAUAAAAAGUUGAAUUCUGUGUUGAAUUUGGGAUGAACUGAGUGGUUGAAAGUUCAUCAUAAGUGAUGAACUGAGAAGAGAACUUAAAGAGAAGAGGUAUCUCGUUAUUAUUUCAGUUUUGUUUGUUUAUUAUUAUUAUUGUUUUUUUUUUUGGAAUUUUUUUUCUAGCUUGUUGGGGAGGAUGACAUGUAAUUUGUUAGUUUGGCCCAAAGGGGUUUUAGGAGUGAAGAGAUUGAGAUUUGUAUAGGAGGAUAUUGGUUUGUGCUCCAGUAUUAUAAUUUACUUUGUCUACUUUCAUAAGCAAAAUGGAAAGCAAC